ACCUAAUUCUCAUGACGGCUUGACUGUGAUUCCUUCUCAAGCAGUUUGCGUGUUAAUUCAAUUCCUAGUUGACAUCUAAUGGGAUGAAAGCAAUCUAAAUACCACCCACACGCAAUUUCUAUUCAACAAGAAUCUGAUUUGAAAUUCGCGCGCUUUUGAGAUUAAAUGCAGUUACCAACAUGGCGGAUAACGGUGUACUUGUUACAAUUUCUGGAGCUGCAUUAUCCCUCCUUUUAUACGAAAAUGUCCGAAGUGCAGGUGAUCAGAUUGGCCUUCUUCUGGGCAACAUCCAGACUUUUAUUACGAAAAAUGUCACCGAUUGUGACAGACAAGUGGAACACGUAAAACAUCACAUAAAUAUUGACACAGUGGUGACAUGUCCGAAAGAUAUUUUACAAAAUCCACUGGGAAAAAUGAACACUGCUAAACUGGAACAACUUAUAAAAAAUAAGGAAAAACGUGUCGUCGGAUGGUUCAGAUUUCGACGUCAUAAUUUUUUGACGCAAACCUUGAGGGAUAAAAUCAUGCAUAAAGAGUUUGCAUCUCAUUUUUUAGGAUUUAAUCGUGCGACCGAAGAACAUUUUAUAAUGUUUCUUUUAAACGCAUCGACUACUAAUUCAAACCAAGGCACGCAUAAGUACAGACACCUUUGUCUUCAGUACAAACGAGGGACAUUUCAACCAGUAGCGUUAAGAAUUAACAACUUAGGAGCGGAUGCUGCACGUCAUGAUGGUUCUGAUUAUAAACCUGUGCCAGCAAAUGAACCUAGAGAGGCGGAUGUUUUCACUUCAAUUGUGGAUAAUUUAAUGCUAAAUCUCGAUAGCAGUUCAACUGUCGAUAUAGUUGCAGCCAUUCAAAAUCGAGCUGAUAAUUAUUUAAGUCAGAUCAUGAAUGCGGUUGUCAAGUCCGAUGAAGAAAUCUCGGAUUUACAGAGGCAAGUGAACGAAUUAAAGGCUAAAAUUCAGAAGGGUCUCUGGGCCAAAAGUAUUCGACAGAAAGAAAAAACAGCGGAAAUAAUGGCUAGUGGAGAAAACGAAAAAAUAUAUACUACUGCCCAAGUUCAUGGUUCGCCACGUUCAACGAAAUCUGAUGAUAUGUUUGAUUCCGACCAAUCACCUAAUCGUAAUAUGGGCAAUAACGUGUCUAUAAAUACGUCGUCUCAUCACGCAAACUAUGCUACGAAGAACGUGAAUAUGGAGAGAACAAAGCAGCACAGUUUUGCGAAAGAGACGCGAAACCAUUCAAGUCAAGAUGCGAAUUUUUGUAAUUUGAUAGAAGCCGAUAGUUCGCCAGAAAGUUCGAGAAGCAAAGAAAGCACACCGAAGUCAAUGAAUAGAUCAAAUUAUGAUGUAAAAUCGAGCAUUUCGAAGAGACAGUCAAACUCGCCUAAAAAUCUUGGAAAGAAAAGUGAUCGUCAUUCGUUUGGCGAUUCCGGCGAGCAAAGUCACGAAGAAAUGCCCUAUGCUUUUGGAAGAAAAGAGCAGAGUCCUUGACCGGCAAGUUUUUCCGAGAGUUUAUAGUAAGUUCAGCAAACUGCUAUUUUUCCAUUCCAAGAUUGUCUUCUUAAUAUUCAAAAUAUUUUAAGCUUGUUUUAAAUCUACUUUUUUACGCGAGUUUAACGUUGUUAAUUUUCAUCUAACAAAUGAAUCCUCUCAAGAAUCCAUUGUAAAUAAUUCUGCAUCCGAAAGUUAAUAAGAAUAGUUCCUAAAAGUUAGUUGUUAAUUUUAGUUCGUCUUAGAUCGAUAUUUUCAAAGCAAACACAAAGUGAGGAAAGAAAGAAAGAAGCAAAAAAAAAAGGUUUUCGAUUAUUUUUAAAGAGUUUAGAAUAUAAAAGAGAAUAAAAUAAUUCACAAAUGUUAAUGCGUAGUGUUAUCUAAGUACAUAUUGUUAACGCGCUAAUUAUAGGAACUUUGCCUUGACUCCUAAGUGCAAAAAAAAAGAUUCGUUUUAUUUUUAGCUGCAUAUUAACAGAAUUUUAAUAUCGCUACUUACACUCUGAAGGAACUUGAAACUUUUUCAAUUGUUGCUCUCUGUACUUAAAAAAAAAAAUGUUUAUACUCGGAAAUGCGCCGUGUAUUUAGCAGGAUCAACUUUUAAUAAGUGACUUGUAGUUAAGAGUAGAUGAUAUUUUAUUACUUAAAAGAGUCUAAUAUUCUAAGACUUGAAUAGUACACCAAAGAAAAGUGUUGGUACAAGAGACGUGUUUUUGUUUAAAUGUAAUCCUUCAAAAUGAGUUUCUCGAAUGUUGUUGGGGAAUUGAAGAAGAAAGGGCAGAUUUCAAUUUACGAUAUGCUUUAUAAAUACUGUAUAAAUCGGUGAAUAAUGAAAUGCUCAACACAUUAUAAUACAACGUUUGUCAUGUUAAGUAUUUCCUUCGACGCAAAAAGUGCACAAAACCAGAUCACUUGCUGUUCAAAACAACAAGAAAAAAAACCGAUUAAAGAAUAUCCGCGGGAUUGUUUGGAAGACCCGUUACUUCCCAAAUUGUUGCUGCUAAUCGUCUGGAAUGUUCGAGAACACAUGAUGACGUUGCUAAACCAAGGUGCACACAAUAUAAUUCGUAAAUUCUGAUUUUGUUCCGAGAGAGCUUUGGGAAGUGAGCAUUCGCUAAUUUCCUAUAAAUUAUUAAUUAUAAGAUUUUAUCCAAUUAUUUGACUUGAUAAAAAAAAAGAAAGAUUACAAACCUGUAGUAAUCACCGCAGAGUAUUCCAGGAAUGCCAAAGUUCUUGAUUGUAGGGUUGAUUUGUGUUUUGCUUUUAAGAGGUGUGCCCUGCAAAAUAUUUGAUUAAAGUUAUGUUCUUAAUAAUGAUUUAUGUGUAACGAUACUUAUGUCUUGUUUGGGGGGGGGGGUCUCUCUUUAUUUCCACGAAGGCUGUAACUUUAAGCAAUAAACUCACCGAACUGUCUUCAAACCAUAAAAAAUAGGCAUAGUUAAACGUCGUGUCUUUCCACAUUACAGACAUCUGACCUUCUUGCAAAUGUAUCCUGCUAUCUUCAACCAUUUUCCAUAUCUGAAAUGAUUUCUUUAUUCGUUAAUAAACUUUGUUCAUUCCUAUACUUACACUCAA